CAGGGCCGCGGCCAGAAUGGACAAGAAGUCCUUCGAGACGGUGCUGGACGAGAUCCGGAAGGCUGUUUUGACAGAAUACAAAUUAAAAGCAAUUGAAUAUGUACAUGGAUACUUCUCUAGUGAACAGGUGGUGGAUUUGCUGAGAUAUUUUUCCUGGGCUGAGCCGCAAUUGAAGGCAAUGAAGGCAUUACAGCAUAAAAUGGUGGCUGUUCACCCAGCAGAAGUGGUCAAUAUACUCAACUGUUUUACUUUCAGUAAAGACAAACUAGUUGCUCUUGAACUGUUAGCUUCAAACAUUGUUGAUGCACAGAAUUCUCGUCCUAUUGAAGAUUUAUUCCGAAUAAACAUGUCUGAGAAGAAACGGUGCAAGAGAGUACUUGAACAGGCUUUCAAGGGAGGCUGCAAAGCUCCUCAUGCUAUGAUAUCUUCUUGUGGAACGAUUCCAGGAAAUCCAUAUCCCAAAGGAAAACCUAGUCGCAUAAAUGGAAUUUUCCCAGGAACCCCUUUGAAAAAAGAUGGUGAAGAAUGUACCAAUGAAGGCAAAGGAAUAGCUGCACGAAUUCUUGGACCAUCUAAACCACCUCCUUCAACAUACAAUCCACAUAAGCCUGUUCCUUAUCCAAUACCUCCGUGUCGGCCACAUGCAACUAUUGCACCAAGUGCUUACAACAAUGCAGGUCUGGUACCAUUGGCCAAUGUCAUUGCUCCCGGAGUGCCCCCUCCACCACCAUAUACGCCUAAUCCUGUGGGACCAGAGAAUGAAGACCUUUCCAAUCAGUCAAAACCUAUACAGAAUCAGACAUUUUCCGCCCCAGCAAGUCAGCUCUUUUCUCCUCAUGGUUCUAACCCUUCAACACCUGCUGCAACUCCAGUCCCCACCGCGUCCCCGGUGAAGACCACGAGUCAUCCAGCGGCAUCAGCAGCUGCCCCCGCUUCUGGAAUGAACCUGGCGAGUCCCGUCCUCCCGGUGUUCCCAGGGCAGGUCUCGGCUGUUCCCACGCCUCAGCCAGCGGCGCCCAACCCCACGGUGAUCCGAGCGCCCGUGUUGCCGGCUGCACCUGGCACGUCCGCCCACAGCGCGACUCCUGCUCCUGGGCCUGCGGUGUUUGCUGGCCUGGGGUCAUUGCCGGGUCCUGCUGCCGCCCUUGCCGCAGCCCCUCAGGCCGCGUCUACACCCCGGGUUUCUCUAGCUUCCAGUGAACCAUUUGCUUCCACUUGCGCGCCCUUCGCCAGCCUCUCCUUCUCCGCCAGCUCUCCGGCUGCUUCCACCAACAACCCAAACACCUCAUCGCUGUCAUCGGUGUUUGCAGGCCUCCCCCUACCCUUGCCGCCCGCAUCCCAAGGCGCGUCCAACCCGUCGGCCUCCGUGGUCGCCGGCGGCUCCGCGCCUGGUGUGGCCGGCCCGCUCGGGGUCAGCAGCCCUCUGCUGUCUGCCUUGAAAGGCUUCCUGGCAUCCAGCGACCCCGGUUUGAUCAGCUCGUCCGCGUUGCCCUCCGCUGUCCCGAGUGGGCUGGCUUCGUUGGCUUCUCUUCCGGGCCAGGGCUCGGACGCUCCCGCGCCCGCCCCCAAGUGCUACGCCCCGCCGCGCCCUGCCACCCCGGGGCUGGCGGUGUUCCCUGGCCUGCCGGAUGGCAGAACGUGUCGCGUGCAGAACCCGGACCUGCUGGGUUCGGGAUAUUUGUCAUCCGGACUCCAAGCUGCAAGCAGCUCUGUUUUUUCGGGCCUUUUGUCCCUCCCAGGUAUUCCCGGGUUUUCGCAGAACCCUUCGCAGUCGUCCUUGCAAGAGCUGCAGCACAACGCGGCUGCACAGUCGGCCUUGUUACAGCAGGUCCACUCAGCUUCAGCUCUGGAGAGCUAUGCGGCCCAGCCCGACGGCUUCCCGAGUUAUCCUUCGGCUCCAGGAACACCAUUUUCCUUGCAGCCAGGCCUGUCCCAAAGUGGGUGGCAGUGAAUAUCCCUUCCCUGCAUUCUCCUGCAGAGCGACGUCGGAAUUGCCCAAGGACUGCAGUGAGCAAUGUGGCACAUGUGAAGGUGGCCACAGUCAAAAACUGAGAAUGAGACUUGUCCUGGGGAAACUGAUGAGUUGGAAAAUCGUGGCGCAUUUUAUAAUCUGGUUUUAAGUAUGAGCCCUCCCCUGUGUAAAUAAGCUGAGAUAAGUUGUAUGGAGAAUGGCAUUUAAGAAGUAUUGGAGGACUUUUCACUUCCUGACCUAUGAAACUUUGAAUCAUGUUUGUGAUCUGCUUAGAAAGACUAUUAAAGAGGAGAUUGAACUCUCUAUAGCCGAAGACAGCCUUAAAUCUGGUCAUACAGCAUCCACAGACAGAAGUGAUAGCUGUGCCCCAGACAGGGGUUGCACGUGGCCCUGGGGGCUUACUGCCCUGGUAUGCAUGAGCGGUUCCUGUUAGCAGCCUGGAACUCAGCCCUCUGUCUUAUCCACUCAAGGGAACUGGAGACUCGCAGACAUGUUUCAUUCUUGUUGUUAUCAAUUAUAUAUACUGCUGAAUUUAACUCAAUGUAUUUCAGGUAAGUGAAAAGGGUGCCCCACGUAGUCUUUAGAAUGACUUUCAGGUGUUUUUGACUAAAGGUGUAAUCCGGAACUACUUUCCUACAGAAGUACAAGUGAGGCUUGCAAUACUUUGGUUUCAAAACAUUUGUCCUCGCUCAGCGGUAUCCAAGUGGGGAAUCACUUGGCUGACUCUUGGGCCACCUCUAUGCUCUUUAUGCUCUGGAAGCGCUUGGUGAAUGUUUACAAUCAUGGGAUGUGGCGUUUCUAUUUGUACUUAAAGUCAAAUGCUUAUCUGAAAUAAUUAUGUGACCGCAGAUAGAGAAGACUUGCUCUGUUAGUAGAUAGGCAGCGUACACUCUAUUUAAGGAUCCGUGGUAAUAGAAUACGAUUGAAUGUUACUAACUUAAGAAGAAGAACUGCCACGUUUGGGGGGAGGGAAGUAGGGAGGAUGAAUUCCAAUCCUGUGAUUACAAGUACAAACUAUAGAAUCUACUGUAGUACAUCUCAGCAUCUAGAAGUUUUAUAAAGAUGGUGUCUGGAAGAUGUUGCUAAUGUAUUUUCCUUCAACAUAGGAAACAAACUUUUUAAGUAUGUUAAUAAAUACUCCUGUAUGGAUAGUUUUUAACACUUUUUUAAAAUAAACUAUGCAUAUGACAAA